AUGGCUCCUCCAUUUGCUCCACCUCCCCCACCUCCCCCACCAGAGUCUCCUCUGUUUCGUCAUCGUCAAUUAGCUCCCACUGCCAAUGUUCGAGUCUCCCCCAUCUGUCUCGGCGCCAUGAACUUCGGCGACGCCCACAAAGCUCGCAUGGGCGAAUGUACCAAGGAAACCUCCUUCGAGAUCCUGGACACCUUCAAGAAGCUCGGAGGCAACUUUAUCGACACAGCGAAUGGCUACCAGGACGGCGAAUCUGAACAAUGGCUCGGCGAGUGGUUGACUUCACGAAAAUGCCGCGACGAGAUGGUCAUCGCCACGAAAUUCUCCAGCGCCUACCGCAAGCACGAGAAGGAGAAGAUCCAGUCCAAUUUCGGAGGCAACGGCACCAAGUCUCUUCAUGUUUCUGUCAAUAAUUCGCUCAAGCAGUUGCAAACGUCGUACAUCGAUAUCUUGUACCUUCACUGGUGGGACUAUGCGUCCACCAUUCCAGAGUUGAUGCACAGCCUCAACGACUUCGUCGCCGCUGGGAAGGUGUUGUACCUGGGUAUCUCUGACACCCCUGCAUGGUUCGUCGUCUACCAAGGCAUGUGGAAUGCAUCCAUGCGCGAUUUCGAGCGUGACAUCAUCCCCAUGUGCAAGGACGAAGGAAUGGGCUUGUUGCCAUAUGGAACCCUCGGCCAAGGACGUUUCCAGACCGAAGCUGCAUUCAAGGAGCGCGAGAAGAACAACCCGGGCCGGAAAGGAAAGCCAAAGGCCGUUGAGCGAGCAGUCUCGAAAGUCAUGGAGGAUCUUGGUUCUACCAAAAAGACCACAAUUACCAGCAUCGCUAUGGCAUAUGUGAUGCAGAAGGCGCCCUAUGUCUUCCCGAUCGUAGGAGGCAGAAAGGUGGAUCAUAUCAAGGGAAAUAUUGAUGCGCUCAAGGUUGAUUUGACUGAAGAGGAUAUUGCCAAGAUUGAUGGCGUAAAUCGAUUUGAUUUUGGCUUCCCAAACACGUUCCUGAGUGGCACGCUCUUUGGCGAGGAGGACGACACUUCCGAGACUCCAGAGGGUCCACAGUCUGUGUGGCUAACGAGUAUCCUGGGGACGUUUGAUUGGGCGAUUGGUGGGAAACCUAUUAGGCCAUUCAAGAAGUAA